UUCUCCCGGUCCGCGCAAACCCUUCGCCGCCCGGACCCGAGCAGAGCCUCCACGCGACCCAGCCGCACCAGGUCCCGAGAGGUACCAUGAUGUGGGGUGCAGGCAGCCCCCUGGCUUGGCUCUCCGCCGGCUCAGGCAACGUGAAUGUGAGCAGCGUGGGCUCAACAGAGGGGUCCACAGGUCCAGCCGCCCCGCUGCCCUCCCCCAGGGCCUGGGACGUGGUGCUGUGCAUCUCAGGCACCCUGGUGUCCUGUGAGAACGCGCUGGUGGUGGCUAUCAUUGUGGGCACUCCCACGUUCCGUGCCCCCAUGUUCCUGCUGGUGGGCAGCCUGGCUGUGGCCGACCUGCUGGCGGGCCUGGGCCUGGUCCUGCACUUCGCUGCUGUGUUCUGCAUUGGCUCGGUGGAACUGAGCCUGGUGCUGGUUGGCGUGCUGGCGAUGGCCUUUACUGCCAGCGUGGGCAGCCUGCUGGCCAUCACGGUCGACCGCUACCUUUCCCUGUACAAUGCCCUCACGUACUAUUCAGAGACAACGGUGACUCGGACCUAUGUGAUGCUGGCCCUAGUGUGGGGGUGCGCACUGGGCCUGGGGCUGCUGCCUGUACUGGCCUGGAACUGUCUGGAUGCCCGGGCCACAUGUGGCGUGGUAUAUCCGCUCUCCAAGAACCAUCUGGUGGUCCUGGCCGUUGCCUUCUUCAUGGUGUUUGGCAUCAUGUUGCAGCUCUAUGCCCAGAUCUGCCGCAUCGUCUGCCGCCAUGCCCAGCAGAUUGCCCUCCAACGGCAUCUGCUGCCUGCCUCCCACUAUGUGGCCACCCGAAAGGGCAUUGCCACGCUGGCCGUGGUGCUUGGCGCCUUUGCCGCCUGUUGGCUGCCCUUCACUGUCUACUGCCUGCUGGGUGACGCCCACUCUCCACCCCUCUACACCUAUCUCACCCUGCUCCCUGCAACCUAUAACUCCAUGAUCAACCCCAUCAUCUAUGCCUUCCGCAACCAGGACGUGCAGAAGGUGCUGUGGGCCAUCUGCUGCUGUUGUUCCUCUUCCAAGAUCCCCUUCCGAUCCCGUUCCCCCAGUGACGUCUAGUCCUAUCCCGGUGAUCCUCCACCCCUGAUCACUACAGAAUUCCAGAAUGUUAGGUCCUCCAGGGCUUUGUUCCAACCUCCCAGCUCCACACCUCCAAGACCCAGCUGGUUCUGGAGUUCUAGGACAUCGGGUGUUUCACAAGAUUCUGUCCAGAUCCCUACAGGGCUCAGCUGGCUCCAUGGUUCUAGAAUGUUCAGGUGACCAGGGUUCCACUCAGAAAUGUCCCACAGCCCAGCUGGCUUGGAGUUCCAGAAUGCUGCUGGGUGUUUUAUAGUGCCAUUCCAAGUCCCUGAUCUCCCCCCACCCCCCUUUUGACCUUAAUCAUGUCACUUUACUUUUGGGUUUCCAAGCUAAAGAGCCAGAGAGGUUAGUCACUCAGUUGCCUAGAUAGGAGAAAGAAAGAAAAAUGUAUCUAUUUAUAUGUGCACAUACAAAAAGAGCAUCUAUUUAUAAUUUAUUUAUUUACCUAUUUAUUUACUUAUUUAUUUAUGGGCAGUAAGGGGAAAAAAAAGAGACCCACACCUUGAAAUCCAGGCCAUACCAGGGUACCCCUCAGUCCCCACACCCCCAUUGCUGACCUCAGUUCCUAGACAGGGGAAAGGGAGAAAGAGAAACCACGUAUUUUGUUAUUAUUUUUUGCUUAUUUUUUAUCAAAGAGAUCAUAGAAACCAGAGCCUUCUCCCCAGGCCCACCCCUUUCGGGUUUGCUGGGAGAACACACCAGCCUCUGGUUUUUUAUUUUUUUAAGAAGCCAUCACCUGAGCAACCGAGAAUUCCUCUGCGCUGGGGGCCGGCUGCCCUCUGGUGGCCGUUCGGGGGAAACUGCAGCCCGGCCAGGCAGCCGGGACCAGAACACGCGCCACCCCAAGUCCACUCCAGCCUGGCAUCCAGCGCCACAGCCAGGACCUGGGGGCCAGGCCCCACCCUGCGGUGCCCUAGAGGUGGCAGGGUGUGAGCCAACACCUGACCCCUCUGCCAACCGGGGUAUGGCCUCCAGUGCUCCCCUAUCCCUAUCCCCAACCCAUCGCUCAAUAAAGAAUGAUUUUGUGAUAAGUCUGUUUCUGUCUCUGUGCGUGGAGGGGCUGGAGUGGGCCUGAUGUGGGCGGAAAGCCUGGAAUGGGAGGGGAUUAGAUCAGGCCUGGGAGCCUGUGGAGGGAUCUGGGGAAGCUCCAGACCCAGGGAGGAGUGAGGCUGACAGGUGACACCCCCGCCCCUUUAGAGGCUGAGCUAAUGGGCCCCCCUGCUCUGCUCAUACCUGGGCACUGCCAGGCAAG